AUGCUCACUGAAUACGUGCUGUGCAGCAACCAGGUGCCCGUGGACCGCAGCGGAGGCACUGAGAUGGACAUGUCACAGUACCACAAGAUCUUCGGCACCUGCAGGAUACCCGGCCUCACCAAGGACUCCUUGUGCUUCCACGGCCAGGAUCCCGACCCUCCCCGCCACAUUGUGGUGAUGCACCAGAACCACUUUUUCAGACUCGACGUGCACGGCAAGAACAACCAGCUCCUGAACGUGUCUCAGCUGCAGGCGCAGCUACAAAGUAUCCUCGAACGAUCGACGCGCCCCGCGGUGCCCCUGGGGCUUCUCACCACGCAGAACAGGAACGUGUGGGGCCAGGCCUACAAAGCGCUGCUCAAAGCGAGUGCUGAGAACGCGGCCAGCCUGCGGGAGGUGCAGCGCUCGCUGUUCUUGGUCUGCCUUGACGCCGUCGUGCAGCCGUCAACUGGCAACGCCAUGACAGACGCCGCGCUGCAGUGUCUGCAUGGCGGCGGCACCUCUGGCAACUCUGGCAACAGAUGGUUCGAUAAGACCAUCCAGUUCGUGGUGGGGGCCAGCGGGCGCGUGGGGCUCACGUACGAACAUUCCCCCGCCGAGGGCCCUCCCAUCGCCAACCUCAUGGACCACAUCGUCGACUACAUGGCCAGUGGGCGCGCCAGCAAGUCCCUGUUGGCCGUGGAGACGUCCCGGCCUCGUCGCCUGCAGUUCACCGUCCCGUCUGAUCUCGAGGCACAAAUUCACCAAGCGGGUACCGUGCUUGAUAGUUUGGUGGAGGACCUUGAGAUGACGUGCUUCGUGUACGACAAGUACGGCAAAACCUUCAUGAAGGCGAAGGGCGUGAGUCCCGACAGCUUCAUACAGAUGGCCAUCCAGCUGGCCUUCUACAGAGUUCACGGGGAGCCCGCCGCCCACUACGAGUCCGCGUCUACGCGGAUGUUCGCCGGGGGUCGCACGGAGACCAUCAGGAGCUGCUCUGAGGAGAGCGCCGCCUUCUGCGCCGCGGCUCUGGAUGCCUCCGCCGCCCCUCGCCACCAGCGGCGCCUCCUGCUGCAGGCCGUCGCUGCCCAUAACGCUUACGCCAAGCAGGCCGUUAAAGGGGAGGGGGUGGACCGCCACCUGCUGGGGCUGAAGCUUGCGGCCAUCGAGCUCGGCAUGGACGUGCCGGCCAUCUUCAUGGACGUGGCUUAUGCGCGAUCUGCACACAUGCGCCUCUCCACCAGCCAGGUCCCUGCUCGUUGCGAGGCCUUCAUGUGCUACGGGCCGCUGGUGCCUGAUGGCUACGGCUGCUGCUACAACCCACGCAGCGCCUCCAUCGUCUUCGGCGUGUCAGCCCUCAACUCCUCCCCCGAGACACACUCCAGCACCUUCAGAGACGCUCUCGAGGCCUCCCUCACCCAGAUGAGGGAGCUCCUCGAACUUCCCGACGAUGCCGCAUAAAACAUAUUCACUUUUGUCACAUUGGGUCUUGAGGGAAUGGCGGUGCUUGGUGCUGGUAAUAUAGAGGUGAUGGAUACGAGAAAUCUUGAGUCAUCGAAUUUCGGUUCGUGGUCGUUAGGACGGCAGGGGCCGACACGAUAUUAGUCCAUUUGCCUUUGUUUAGGCGAGAAUUUAGUAUAAAUAAAGGACAUAAAUCCUUGCAAUGCAUGACUUUGUAUGCUUUCGGAAAGAAGGGCUAAUUAUUGUUAGAAAUCUGUAGGUAAGAAUCAUAUUAUUGUAUGCCUUAAUAUUCUUGUUUGCUUUUUAUAGUGGAAGAAAAGUGCUUCCGUUAACUUUUUACGCACUCGAAAUAUUCUUAAGCGUUUUGGAAAAUAAGUGGAUAUAUUUUAUAAUAAUGUUGUACGGUGCAUGGAGGUUUGGAAGCGCAGCAUUUCCUGCAGAGGCAGUACGAGGGAAGUUGUCUCCCCUCAAGACGGUACUGGGCCUCGUGAGUGACACUCAAAGUUUUUAUCUAUCUUUCUCAUGCCGUACCUUGGUGACGUGCUCGUGCUCACGUAUCUUGGUGACGUGUUCGUACUCACGUAUCUAGGUGACGUGUUCGUGCUCACGUAUCUUGGUGACUUGUUCGUGCUCACGUAUCUUGGUGACGUGCUCACUGCUCAUGCUCACGUAUCUUAGUAAAGCAAUCUAUGUGCACGGUCAGGUCCAUAAUGGUUGAACUAUAUAAGGUUGACCCACAAAGAUUUCCGUCUUUCAGUUCAG